GAUGAAUUGAAUUUACACCAACUAAAUGAAGCAAUAUUCCAUGAGUUAAAACACUAUCUAUCACUAUUACUGCAGUAUCAAACACCAUAGAAUGGAAUGUAUAAGAUAAUGUAUAGACAGAGGGCCAUGUAUGGACGAAUACACAGCUGCUCAUUACUAUGCAUUAAAGAUGCUUUUUAAGAUUCAGAGAGGCCUCUUUGAUAAUCACUGCAUAAGCCUCCAUAUUUAUAAAACAGACGAACACGAAGAGUGAGUCUAAAGUCAGACUAACGGGUUAAUCCGGGAGAUCUGCAGGUGUGUGCAGAUAACUGCUGAACUCAUCAACCCACCAAACCUCAUCCCCCUUCCCACCAACGGAUCACAGCAGCAGGUGCUUCUGGAGAAUCUGUGCCAUCAGUGGAGCGCUCAGUGCGUCGACUCAACUCACUCUCCAACCCCACCUUCCCCUCUGCUGUACCGUGUACGUGUACAUGUACGCGUACGUUUACCGUGUAGGUGCUGGACCUGGCCAUCAUGCCCCGCUCCUUCCUCGUGAAGCCUACCGGACGCCGCGCGCUCCGUGACUCUGUUGACCGAGCCGAUCACGAGCGCGUGGACCCGGAGCCCCGGUGUGCGCGCGGACAGAUGCUCGUCCCUGUGUUUGACAGGCCGCCCGCCGCGACGGGGGGGCCCGGGGCAGAGUGGGGCCCGUCACAACCCUGGACUCAAAUGGAUACCAGACCGACCAGAACCGAAAGGACCGACCGGACCGCCUCAGCGCACUGGCCCGACGUCCAGGUACUUCAGACCCAGAGGGAGAGGGAUCUGGAGCAGCUGGUGUUGGUGCUGUUGGACCACGCCUCGCACGCCGCUCUGGCGCCGCGACUCAGCGCCUGCACGCACUGCGAGGAGCCCCGGUCUCAGUUCCGGUCCACCAGGGGGGGGGCUGUUGGCCUGUCGGACCUCGCAGUACACCCCGCAGCCAGCAGCCGGCUUCAGAGCCCCCCAGGCAGCCAGCCAAUAACAGCCUGCAGAAGGGAAAAGGAGCGUAGCUUCCCCUGCCCGGUGUGUGGGAAACGUUUCCGGCGGUCGUCCACACUGACCACCCACAAGCUGAUCCACUCCGACACGCGGCCGUAUUCCUGCUCCUACUGCGGCAAGGGCUUCCACCAGAAGUCUGACAUGAAGAAACACACCUUCAUACACACCGGAGAGAAGCCCCACGUGUGCCGGGUGUGCGGGAAGGCCUUCAGCCAGAGCUCCAACCUCAUCACGCACGGCCGCAAGCACGCCGCCGCCGCCGAGAGGCCAGUCUCCUGCCGGCUCCGCCCCCGCGGCCACGACCGCCGCCACGCCCUGCAGCGCCACCAGGAGGGGCCCUGUUUCUAUGGCAACGCUCCCUCAGGGAGCCCCGCCCCCCCAUGGAGCCACGCCCCUCCGGGGGCCCCCACCCUCGGAGCCCGCCCAGAGGGGCGUCGCUGGCCGGGGUCAGCCGAGGCGUUCUGAGACCCCGCCUCCUUUAGUUUGUUUGUUUGCCGUUUUACUCCCGAUUACUUAUGUCUGGGAUCAUUAAAGUGGUUGGAGGAUCUCAGGGUGUGUCCGUGGAUUUGUGGUGUUACCAACUGCUGUUAUUUAAGCCAAUUGACUUUGAAAUGACUGAUGUUGUGGAGAUGAUGCAUUGAGACACGUUAAAGCGUCGGUCUAGUCCAGAGCAACAGGAGGUCCGGUGCGUUGAUGAGGGUCUGCCUGAGUCUGACGUCACCUGGUUCACACAUCUAGAUGGUCCAUGAGCUUCACGUGAACCAGUGGAAACUGUCCUCACUUUUCUUAACUGUGAAACAGCAACGUUUGUUGACUUGCUACAUCCUCGUAUUGCAAACCGAACAUACAAAGUAUACUUUUUAGGUUAAAAAAAACAUAUCAAACCAUCUUAACAAUUAACUGCUGUGACCUAGCUAAAUCCUUUUCUCUACGUUACAUAAAAUAAAAAAAUAUAAAUAAUAGUUGAUGGUUCAAUAUCAAAGUGCUGCCCUUUAACUGACCUUGAAAAGCACAUUAAAACGUCUCACUUGCAGUUUUGCUUUCAUUUCCAAAUGUUUGAACGGUUGAACUUUGAACGGGGAUGACGCAAACCUUCUCUCUCUACGGCUGUGCUCUCCAUUCUCUUGGCCAUGUCAGAAAGGGUCAGAAAGACUGAAACAGUGAAACAGGAGGAACACAUUAACCUCAGUGUGGUUGUGUUGUGUAAGAAGAUUGCUAAACCACCGCUGUUUGGUAUA